UAGAAAGCGCAAGGGCCCUAUGGCGUGAGCUUCGGACCUUGCGGUGCCUCUCUCCUCUGCAAGAGAGACGAGGCUGUGACAGUAUUCGUGAGUUGGCCACUGAGGUCCUGCCCAUACGCGUGAAGAUGUGCUCCUGUCGAAGGGCAUAUAUGUGCAACACAGGGUGAUCUCACAGUUCAGGGAUGCAGGAAUGGGGGCGUCUGUGUGCCAAUGCCAACAAGUGCUAUGCCCAUCUGCACCCACCACCCCGUGCAGCAAGUGCUGCGGCCCCACCGAUUCUCGCCGGACGCUUACGAUGACCUGUAUGUGGUCACAGAACUCAUGGACACGGACCUGCGCUCGGUCGUCUACAGCAAGCAGCCCCUCACCGAAGAGCACUGCCAAUACUUCACGUACCAGCUGCUGCGGGGCCUGAAGUCGGUUGGCUGCGUUCUGGCCGAGCUCCUGGGCCGCAAGCCGUUGUUCCCCCACAGUUCCGUACACGACCAGCUGAGGCACGUGGUGCGCACGCUGGGCUCGCCCACGCUGGCGGAGCUGGAAUCUAUGACGGGACCUACACGCGAGCAGGCACGACAGUACGUGCUGAGCCUCCCGCCCGCAGCCCGUGUGGACUGGCGCGAGUGCUUCCCCGCCGCCACACUUCUGUCCGUGGCCCUGCUAGAUCGACUGCUGCAGUUCGACCCCCGCAAGCGCAUUGAUGUUCACGGCGCCCUGAAGCACCCCUGGUUGGAAGAGUUGCAUGACGAGGCAUUUGAUGAUUUGAGCCGGCUGCGCCUGCUGAACUCCGCCUUCAUCAACCGCUACGGGAGCAAGCCGUGCAGCGGUGAGGGAGGCGGUGCGGGGGGCCUGCUCGUGGUGCGCGAGAUGGAGGUGUACAUGUGGCGCCUCAUCACCAAGGUCACCCCCGAGGAGGACUGGCCGGACAAGGACUCCUGCACGCACGCGGCUGCCAUGUCGCUGUGGAUCAAGGCGCAGACGCGGGGCCUGCGGUACGACACCGCGGUGCAGCUGAUCUUCGACUUCGGCGUCGAGGACACCAAGGUGCUGGGCGUGUCAGAGGAGCGCGCGCAGCUGAUCCUGGAGAACGGUCAUCCGGUCAUCCAGGUCAUCCAGGUGGUGCCGCGUGCUGAAAGCCUUUUUGUCCUGCAUAUUUAACGUCUUACAGAGGCUGUGGUGUUCGAAGUGGACUGGGAGACAUGGUCUACGCGGGAGCUGCGGCGGCGGCUGUUUGAUGAGGCCAUGGCCUGCAGCCGCAUACUUUCCUGAGAGUGUGAGACGCGGCGUUUUAGGCAGUUGUGAGGGCUGUAAAGCAGGGGCGUGCACAGGGGUGUGGGUAGUUUCGACUGGGAAAGGCCCCAAACCUAGAACGGAAGAGCUUGACGAGAGGAUUCCAAAUCCAUUUUCAGAGUUUCAAUCGGAUAAGUAAUUGCAAUGUUAUGGGCGCUCAAAGUUCAGGGUAGGUCGUCAAGGUCAGGGGUCCCCAACUAAAGCAUUAGCAGAACGUUUGGCCUCUUGGCCGCAUGUCCGUCCACAUCGGCAUCGUAGUAGCGUAGAGCUCCACUCGAGCGCCUCUCAUUGAUGUCAUGGAAAAUAUGCGAACUGAUGCUAGUUUGUAACGGCUAAUGGGUCAUAGCGACAAGGCUGGCAACCGCCGCCGACAGCGUCACCCGGGAUCCCGGGAUGGUUCACAUGAUCCCGGGCGAAACUCGACCAAUGUCUUCCGGCACACAACUCCGAAUGUCAUAUGGACGAGCGCAAUUGUAAGCUUAAGCACAC